UUCUAUUUUGAGAUCGGGAACGUUUACGAUUUUAUUUCGUGUCCUUUCCGGUUUCUGUUCCGAGUCUGCAGGUGGAAGUAGCAAGUUAGUGCGCGCGCUUGCAAGUUGAAGGCUUAGGGUAGUGGCACGAACUUGCAAGUUGCAAGGCACAAAUCUCAAUUUCGGAUAUGGUGAGAAAACAUGGAUGGCAAUUACCUGCUCACACUUUUCAGGUUGUUGCGAUCACUGUAUUCUGCUUAUUGGUGAUUGCUUUCUAUGCUUUCCUUGCUCCCUUUAUUGGAGGUCAUAUAUGGGAGUACACUUUUAUUGGUGUUUACUCUCCUGUGGCACUCAUUGUAUUCAUUCUUUACGUCAGAUGUACAGCAAUUAACCCUGCAGAUCCAGGCAUUAUGUCUAAAUUUGAUCCUAGAGUGGGAAAUAAGUUCAAUUCUGCUCAUGGUUUAUCGGGGAAGCAUCAAGCUUCUGAACAUGAUGGGAUUGCUACUGGAGAGCAAUCUUCUCUGUCAUCUGCUGCAUCCAAACGGUCUAUGACAAAUAUGAGCAAGAAAAGCUCAGUGGAAGAUCUUGACAGAGUGGAUAAUUCAAGGAAACAGCAUAACCAAAACUGUUGUAUAAUUGGAGGAAUUUUCUGCGUACUAUUUUCACAUGAAGAUUGCAGGAAACAGGAAACAACAGCUGAUGAGCAGGGUGGCGGUGAAGAUGCUCUGUUCUGUACUCUUUGCAAUGCUGAGGUGCGCAAGUUCAGCAAGCAUUGUAGAAGUUGUGAUAAGUGUGUUGAUGGCUUUGAUCACCAUUGUCGGUGGCUUAACAAUUGUGUGGGUCACAAAAAUUACAGUUCUUUUAUUGCUCUCAUGGCCUUCAGUCUUGCAUGGCUUGUUAUUGAAGCUGGAGUGGGUGUUGCUGUUCUGGUGCGUUUCUUUGUUAACAAGAGAGGAAUGGAAUCUGAAAUCGUUGAUAGGCUUGGAAAUGGAUUCUCUCGCCCCCCAUUUGCAGCAGUUGUGGUUGUAUGUACUGCAGUUUCUAUCUUGGCUUGUGUGCCUCUGGGUGAGCUUUUCUUUUUCCACAUGAUACUAAUCAGGAAGGGCAUCACAACCUAUGAAUAUGUUGUGGCAAUGAGAGCCAUGAGUGAAGCACCUGCUGGGGCAUCUGUGGAUGAGGAUUUGCCAAAUGUACUUUACUCUCCAACAGGCUCAGCAACAACUGGAUUGAGUGGAGGAAGUUCUCUUGGUUUGCAAUAUAAAGGGGCAUGGUGUACCCCUCCUAGGGUGUUUGUGGAUUAUCAGGAUGAAGUUGUGCCUCACUUGGAGCCUGGAAUGCUACCGUCAACUGUUGAUCCAGAUGCAUCUGGGAUUGCAGAAAGAGGGCAAAAGAUGCCAAAAAGGCCCGUUCGUAUUAGUGCUUGGAGGCUUGCUAAGUUGGAUUCGCAAGAGGCAAUGAGAGCAGCUGCAAAAGCCAGGGCAUCAUCUUCUGUUUUGCGACCUGUAGAUAACCCUCGUCUACCAGAUGCAGAAUUAAGCUCCAGUGGCAACAUGAGCAUCAGAAGUAGUUUGAGCACAGAGACUGGGACUAAUAAGGAAAUAAAACAUGAUUUGAGAUUGUCUCCAGUGAGAAAUUCUGUUGCUCCUAGUCAAGGAAGUCGUGAUGAGUAUGAAACUGGAACUCAAAGUAUGAGCAGUUUCAGUAGUCCUAGCCAUGUUCAAGAGGCAGUUACACUCAGCCCUCUUCCGCAGGGUCACAGUUUGGGUGGCUUCAGGGCAGGUACUUCAAUUCCUAGUUUGGUGCCUGAGCGUCCGGUUACAUCUAAAGCAACUUUGUCAAACUUCAGGAACCCGAUAUCUAAUCCUUCUCUAGGAUUUGAUGGAAGGACGGCGAUGCCAAAGGGAAUCGGUAAUGACCCGCUAUUGCUUUCAGCUUCUAACACGUCUAUUCUAAGAGAUGUGAAACGAACAUCAGUAGUUUGGGAUCAAGAAGCUGGCAGAUAUGUAUCGGUUCCUUUAUUGGCCUCAGAAGCUCGAAAUAGGACAUCCAUGCGUAUAGACUUGCCAAAUUUAAAUGCUGAAACAAGUGGUAUUGGGAGAAAACCAGUGAUUCCUCCGCAGGAGUUGCCAUCAUCUGCACCCAAGUCUCCAGGGCAGCAUGCACAGAAUCUGAUGUAUACCGGAGAUUCUAUCUUUUUUGGUGGUCCAUUUUUUAGUGUCCCUGUUAAGGAUGGUUUGAAAAAUGAAAGACAUUUGGUAUCAGCGGAUGCCCAAGAUAGCAGCAGCAUAUCAGUAAGCUUGCCCCAAGAGCCAAGAUAUAAAAGGGAUUCACUUUCCAAUCAGCUUCCCGUGUUUGUACCUGGUGGGUUUGAGAAUACUCUUCAAUCUCGAUCUAACAUAAAUUAGCUUAAGAUGUUUGAGAUUCCAAUGAGUCAGACAAAGUUUUUGUUGGAGUCAAGAGGAUAGUGAUGCGGAAGGUUUUGAAAUUAAAAGGCUCUGGUAGACACGAUUUUAGCCUUUCAGACCAUACAACAGAAAAGUUGGUUGCAACAUUUGACUCCAGCGGGUGGUUGUUUAUUGUUCGGCCUAAUCAUUUAGGUUUAACUUCUGUUGUCUUACAGCCUGUACACGUUUGAGAUACAUCUAAAUGCCUCUGGGGCAUUUGAGAGAUGAACUUCAGUGUUCCUUUUGCUGAACAUGCCUUGAGAAGUGUGAAUCUUCCGGUAUUCGGUGGGUGAAAUCUCAAAGCAGUUAUUGCUUCAGUUAGCAUGAGCCUCCUUUAUGGAGUUUUAUUUAUUGUUGUAGCUUUUGUUCCACUAGAUGUUCAAAUUGUUUGGUUUGUAGAUUGUUCUGAUCUCUCUUUUCUUUUUCUUGAAUUUCGAUUCUCUUGCUAGAUUUUUCUCCCACAUGCCUCUUUAAGGUAUACUGGGCUUCUACGGUCUUACCUAUCUACAGAAGAGAUGAGCUUGUCUGGCUUCUAAUAAAAUAGGCCUAACCGAUAUUUUCCGCAUCGGAUAUUUUUUUAAGGUUUUGUCGUAGAUCAUCGAAGCAGCGAAACGACACUAAUCUGUAGAUAGAGGAAAUUCUCCUUUAGAUUUUGAAAUAACUGUUUAAAGUUGUAUGAAAAAGGUUAUUAGCUAAUCG